AUGUUCAGCUACACGCACCAGGACUCGUCCUUCCUCAAGCUCCCCGGCGAGAUUCGCAAUCAAAUCUACACCUACUUCUUCGCGAACUCGACGUACAACUUCAUCCGUAGGAAGAGAAGCAGCAAAGACCGUACGCCCCUGGUCGUGCGUAAAGACAAGACGCGUGUCAAACAACAUCAUCUCGCUCUCCUCAACGCCUGCCGCCAAACGUACUACGAGUCAUCUGCGUACCCAUUCCAGCUCGGCCAAUUCAAGUUCAUCUCCUUAGCGACUUUUGCGUGGAUUGGCGACCACUUCUCGCCCGAGCAGAGAGCGAGGAUUACGUGUCUGCAAGUACAGAUGUGGAGGAAGGAUACUAUCCAUCCGCCCGCGCAUGUGAAGAGAUUUUAUAAACAGGAUCUCGAAAAUGUGUUGCCGGGUGUUAGAUUCAUGGCAUUAGAUAUCAUUCUUGAGACAGAUCGGACGACAAACAUAAAGCAGGUCAUCGAGAAGUGGAUUAAGAAGAGUGGUCGAGUUGACAUGAUCAUACGCGGGAUUUAUCUUGACUCUAGGAUUAUCGUCUGGUCGAUGAGAGGGUGCAUAUGA